AUAAAUAUGUUUUAUGGCAUAUAAUUAUCUGCAGGUGAAACCUAAACUAUUUAGAAGGUAGAUGAUCACAAUUAAUUCGUUUUAUCAUAAGCAGUUUUAGUUAAAGGAACCUAACUUAAUGUAUUUAUGAAUGGAAUAGUCAUAGCCUCAUUGAAUCAAGUAUCAUUAUAUUGCUCCAUAGAAUAUCUCCCAAAUGCCUCUUAGAAUUAAAAUCACUCCCGAAUCAUAAAAAACUAAACUUGAAGCAAAGGGAAAUGGAAUUGUUCAUCUAAUUGGAUAUUACAUACAGUAUGAUUUAUAAAAUGAUGAUGAAAAUUUAAAAUCAGUUGCCCAAUUAUUACAAUAAAAUAAUAAGAUCAAUCAACUCCCAAUUUAACAAGCUCCAAUUAAAAAAACUGACACCCAACCAAAAUGGGAUGAAAUGGACUGGGAAGAUGAAUAAUUUUAAAAGAGAGUUAAAUGAUAUAUAUUAAGAAGUAUAAUUUUAAUAUGUGAA